AUGUUGGCAAACUCCAGGCAGUCGAAAACCCCAACAGUCGGCAAGCACCAGGCAGGUCGGCACCCCAGGCCGGUUGGCAAGCACCAGCAGGUUAGCAACACCCAGCAGGUUGGCAAGCACCCAGCAGGGUCGGCAAGCACCAGCAGUUUGACAAGCCCCAGCAGGUCGCAAGCACUAGCAGAUUGGCAAGCACAAGCAGGGUCGGCAAGCACCAGCAGGUGUAGCAAGCACCAGCAGGUCGGCAAGCAACAGCAGGGUGGCAAGCACCAGCCGGUUGGCAAGCACCAGCCCGUUGGCCAAGCACCAGCAGGUCGGCAAACCCCAACAGGUCGGCAAACCCCAGCAGGUCGGCAAACACGCAGCAGGUUGGCAACCAGCAGUAGACAAACCAGAGGUCGGACAAGCACCAGCAGGUCGGCAAACCCCAGUUCAGUGUCGGGCAAGCACCAGCAGGUCAGCAAGCACCAGCAGGUCGGCAAGCACAGCAGGUUGGCAAACCCCAGCAGGUUCGGCAAGCACCAGCAGGUCGGCAACAGCGCCAGCAGGCAGCAAACCCAGCAGGUUCGGCAAGCACAACAGGUUGGCAAAGCCCAGCAGGUCGGCAAGCACCAGCAAAGCACCAGCAGGUUGGCAAACCCCAGCAGGUCGAAAAGCACCAGCAGGUUGGCUAGAACCAGCAGUUGGCAACUCAAGCAGGUCGGCAAGAACCAGCAGGUUGCAACCCCAGUAGGUCGGCAAGCACCAGCCGGUUGGCAAACCCCAGCCGGUUUGGCAAAAGCAGGUUGGCAAACCCCAGCAGGUCGGCAAAGCACCAGCCGGUUGGCAAACCCAAGCCGGUGGCAACCCAGCAGGUUGGCAAACCAGCCGGCAAAGCAGCCGGUUGGCAAACCCCAGCAGGUCGGCAAACCCCAGCAGCGGCACCGCAGGUCGGCACAACACCAGCCCCAGGUUGCAAAGCACCGCAGGUUGGCAACACCCAGGCAGUCGGGCAAGCAAACCCAGCAGGUUGAGGUAACCCAAUCAGGUUUAGCAAACACCCAUCAGGUGGCAAGCCCCAUCAGGUUCGGCAACCCCAGGGGUUGGCAAACCCCAUCAGGUUUGGGCAAACCCCAGCCGGUUGGCAAAACCAGCCAGGUGGCAAACCCCAGGUUGCAAACCCGGUUGGCAAACCGCCAGCAGGUGGAAACCCAGCAGGUUGCAAACCCAGCGGUUGGCGCAAACCCCAUUUCAGGUCUGCAAACCCCAGGCCGGUUGGCAAACUCAGCCGGUUGGGGCAAACCCCAACCGGUGGCAAACCCCAUUCAGGUCGGCAAAUUCCCGCGCAAACCCCAAGGCAAACCCCAGGUGGCAACCCAGCAGUUGGCAAAUUCCAGCACCCCACCAGGUUGGCAGCGGUUGGCAAACCCCAGCAAACCCCAUCAGGUCCGGUUGGCAAACCCAGCCGUUGGCAAACCCAGCAGGUUGGCAACCCCAGCCGGUUGGCAAACCACAGACAGGUCGGAAACCCAGCCGGUUGGCAAACCACAGCAGGUGGCAACCCCAUCGUUGGCAAACCCCGAAGCAACCCCAGUCGGUUGGCAACCCCAGCAGGUCGGCAAAACCCCACCCGGUGGGCAAGCGGUGGCAAGCACAGCAGGUUGCAAGCACCAGCAGGUCGGCAAGCACCAGCAGGUCGGCAAGCACAAGCAGGUUGGCAAACCCCAGCAGGUUGGCAAACCCCACCGGUUGGCAACCCCAGCAGGUUCGGCAAACCCAGCCGGUUGGCAAGCACCAGCAGGUUUGGCAAACCCCACAGGUCAGCCCAGCAGGUGCAAACCCAGCAGUCGUGUGGCAAACCCCAGUCGGUUGGCAAACGCAGUCGUUGGCAACACCCCAGCCGGUUGGCAACCCCAGGUGCAGGGUUGGCAAACCCAGUCGGUUGGCAAACUCCAGCCGUUGGUAAAGCAGUCCGGUUGGCAAACCCAGCAGGUUGGCAAAACCCCAGUUGUUUGGCAAACCCCAAGUCGGUUGGCAAACUCCAGCCGGUUGGCAAACCCAGUCGGUUGCAAACGCCCAGUCGGUUGGCAAACUCCCAGUCGGUUGGCAAACCCAGUCGGUUGGCAAACCCCAGUCGGUUGGGAAACCCCAGUCGGUUUGGCAAACCCCAGCAGUGUUGGCAAACCCAGCAGGUCGGCAAACCCAGCAGGUUGGCAAACCCCCAGUCGGUUGGCAAACCCAGUGGCAACCCGGUUUGGUAAACCAGCCAUUAAACCCCAGCAGGUUGGCAAACCCCAGCAAGGUGGAAAACCCAGUAGGUUUGCAAAGUCCCUUGGCAAACCCAGCCGGUUGGCAAAGGCCCCAGUCGGUUUGGCAAACCCCAAGUCGGUUGGUAAACACAGCCGGUUUGGCAAAACCCCAGUCGGUGUGGCAAACCCAGCCGGUUUGGCAAACCCGAGGGUUGGCAACCCCAGCCGGUUGGCAAACCCCAGUCGGUUGGCAAACCCAGUCGGUCUGGGUAAACCAGCCGCGGUUUGGCAAAACCCCAGUCGGUUGGCAAACCCAGCAGGUUGGAAACCCCAGUCGGUUGGCAAAACCCCAGCCAGUUGGCAAACCCAGUCGGUUGGCAAACCCCAGUCGGUUGGCAAACCCCAGUCGGCUUGGCAAACCCAGCCGGUUGGUAAAACCCCAGUCGGUUUGGCAAACCCCCAGGUUGGAAAACCCCAGUCGGUUGGCAAGCACCAGCCGGUUGGCAACCCCAGCAGGUCGGCAGCCACAAGCAGGUGGCAACCCAGCAGGUUGGUGUUGGCAAACCCCAGUCGGUUGGCAAACCCAGUCGGUUGGCAAACCCCCCAGCCGGUUGGCAAACCCCAGUCGGUUGGCAAACCCCAGUCGGUUGGCAAACUCCAGCCGGUUGGCAACCAGCAGGUUGGCAAACCCCAGUCGGUUGGCAAACCCAGUCGGUUCGGUUUGGCAAACCCAGCGGUUGGCAAAUCCCAGUCGGUUGGCAAACCCCAGCAGGUUGGUAAACCCCAGCCGGUUGGCAAACCCCAGCAGGUUGGCAAACCCCAGCAGGUUGGCAAACCCCAGUCGGUUGGCAAACCCCAGUCGGUUGGCAAACCCCAGUCGGUUGGCAAACCCCAGUCGGUUGGCAAAUCCCAGUCGGUUGGCAAACCCCAGCCGGUUGGUAAACCCCAGCCCGUUUGGCAAACCCCAGCAGGUUGGCAAACCCCAGUCGGUUGGCAAACCCAGUCGGUUGGCAAACCCCAGUCGGUUGGCAAACCCCAGUCGGUUGGCAAACUCCAGCAGGUUGGUAAACCCCAGUCGGUUGGCAAACCCCAGCAAACCCAGUCGUCGGUUUUGGCAAACCCCAGUCGGUUGGAAACCCAGCAGGUUGGCAAACCCCAGUCGGUUGGCAAAACCCCAGGUCGGUUGGAAACCCAGUCGGUUGGCAAACUCCAGCCGGUUGGCAACCCCAGUCGGUUGGGUAAACCCCAGCGGUUGGCAACCAGCAGGUUUAAACCCAGUCGGUUGGCAAACCCCAGCCGGUUGGUAAACCCCAGCCGGUUGGCAAACCCCAGCAGGUUGGCAAACCCCAGCCGGUUGGUGCAGUUGGCAAACCCCGCAGGUUGCAAACCCCAGUCGGUUGGCAAACCCCAGUCGGUUGGCAAACCCCAGUCAGUUGGCAAACCCCAGUCGGUUGGUAACCCCAGCCGGUUGGAAACCCAGUCGGUUGCAAACCCAGCCGGUUGGCAACUCCAGCAGGUUGGUAAACCCCAGUCGGUUGGCAAACCCCAGUCGGUUGGCAAACCCCAGUCGGUUGGCCCCAGCCGGUUGGCAGCCCCCAGUCGGUUGGCAAACCCCUGGCAAACCCAGUCGGUUGGCAAAUCCCAGUCGGUUGGCAAACACCAGCCGGUUGGGAAAACCCAGCAGGUUGGCAAAACCCCAGCCAGUCGGUUUGGCAAACCCGCAGGGUUGCAAACCCCAGUUCAGGUUGGCAACCCCAGUCGGUUGGCAAACACCAGCCGGUUGGUAAACCCCAGUCGGUUGGCAAACCCCAGUGGUUUGCAAACCCAGUUUGGCAACCCAGUCGGUUGGCCCGCACCCCCACAAACCCAGUCGGUUGGCAAACCCCAGUCGGUUGGCAAAUUGGCCCCAGCCCAGUCGGUUGCAAAACCCCAGUCGGUUGGCAAACGGUUGCAAACCCCAGAGGUUGGCCGGCAAACCCCAGCAGCUCCCAGUCGGUUGGCAAACCCAAACCAAUUGGCCCAGCCGGUUACCCCAGGUUGGCAAACCCCAGCAGGUCGGCAAACCCCAGCAGGUUGGCAAGCACUAGCAGGUCGGCAAGCACCAGCAGGUCGGCAAGCACCAGCAGGUUGGCAAAUCCCAGAAGGUUGGCAAGCCCCAGCAGGUCGGCAAGCAAAGAGAGGAAGCAGCCCGCCAAGCACAAGAAGGAGCAGUGCAAGAAGGGCAAGAAGCGCUGCAACUGACGAGCGGAGGCCAGGCUGGCCUGCGGCCUCGCCUCCGCCAGGAGAGCGAGACGGCGCGGGUCGCGACCGAAGGCGCCUUGACGAACCCUGGUGA